AUCGAGGGUAUCAGGACCUUGCAGCUGCAGUGGAUCUCUCUGCACGAGAAGGACAGCAUUAACGCCGAGGCGUUUUUGACGGUGAGGACAUCAGGGAGCAAGGUAUGGCAGGAGUUGUACGGUGGGCCGCAGAGCAGUUCUGCGAGGGCAGUGCGAGAAGCCUAUAUGAACCCUUUGAUUUCCCCCUCUGUCAUCAUUUUCCAGUCCAGUUUGUGCAGCCAGCAGCAAGCAGAGAAUUUCUUGAAUACUUCUAAUCAUUUCCACACACUCGAAAUGGCCACUUUUGUCCCCAUCUCUUAUACUUAUGUGCCGACUGCUCCACGCUCCAAGAGCACAGCAACUCGCUACAAACCUGCCCCGAAGCAAUUCAGCAUCCUCAACAAGCUUCAGCACAGCAAGCUGAGUGAAGCAGCACUUAACAUGGCCCGACUAGCAGCAGCUGAUAAUAGUGGAAGAGACAAGCUUGGAAUCCGAGAAACCGGCACGGUCUACGACGGCAAUAACAACGACUGCGACCUUUCCUCCAUCGAACAACUGCUAUAUACCACGCUACAGAAGGAGGGCUUUGCAGCGAAGGAUUAUGUAGAAGAUCCAAUUGUGCUGCUGGGCGGUGACGACUCAAGUGCCUCUGGAGCCGAAGUCGAUGAUGUUAGUCUCUGUGCCGAAAGUGUAGCAGCAGACGAGGAUCUUCUCGAUAGCCUAGAGACUGCCGUUGACUCGACAACUCUGGCUCCUUCUAAUCUCGAUGAAUGGCACAAUAUUGAUAACUUCCUCGAGACUCCACGCUUGCAGCUUGCCGAGCAAAAACCUUCGACGUCUAAUCCUACACGCCCUCGUACUUCUUUCUCUUCCCGUGCCUCGAGCGAGCCAUUGAAUGACCACAUUAGUGCAGCAGACCACUGUACGGUCCGCGCUAGAUCCGAGGUCAUAAUGUCCCAUCCUGCUUGUCCUUAUAGUCAAUCCCCAGAUCAUCUUCCUACAGAUCAAAGCGCGGUAGACAAACAGCAGCAGGAGGAUGACGAUAACGACAACGAGGAUGGCAAGCAGCUGCAGCACGAGGUGAAAGAAGAUGUAAUAGCAGCGCUGACGAGCGAAAAGGUUGGCGACACCCAUCUAUUCAGCAAGAAGAAUAAAAGCUCAGAAUUCGCCAACCGCGAUCCAUCUCCAGAGCCAAGUGAAGACAAGUUGAGAAGCGAUAGCUGUAGCGACGACGAGUUUAACAACAAUCCCAAGUCGGACGAGGAUUAUAGGAGGCCAAGUUCUAUUAAGCGGAAACGACCAUCCUCAUCCAUCAAUGGCCCAAUGCAAAAGAAGCGCAAGUACCAUCUUGGGCAGAGAUCUAUUCGUCAACAUAGACCACACUCCAAACCCCAUCGACACUAUCCGAAAUCACACUCUCCUCCUGAUCAAGGUUUGAGAGUCGCCGUAGAAUCCAGUGGAAAGGGUCGAUUGCCUUCGCCGGCGCCUUCACAAGCCACGGACACAGAGAUGCCAUCUAACUGCAGCGACCUUGGCGGAUCGUCUAGAAGCAUCCUACCGACGCUAAUUGAAGUUACCUUCUGUCCGCAAUCCCUACAUUGCUGCUCCUUUACAGCAGUGAUCCGGGAGGGUUGUGAUAGGCGAGGAGUCUCUUUCAGUCAGGUUGCCCGGCUCAUCGAAAGCACCAGCCAUAUUAGGAAGAUUAAUGACUUCACGGUCAAGCCGAUCAAGCAACAUUCGUUCUUCGUGACUGGCUUUAGCUGGCAUGCCUCAUCCCGCCUCUCGUCCAGCGGAACGACUGUGUCGACUGCCGCGGAGGCAAGCCCUAUCCUCGACGACACCCUUUCAACCAUACUCCAGCAUGGCAGAGCCGUAGAUGCCAGGACUGUUACACAGCAAGGGAGUGAGUCAGCAAGCAGCGAUGAUGACAGUGGUUUAAGCAACGAUGACGGUUGUUUGAGCGAGGAUGAGCAGAAGUGUUCAAGCACGACCAAGCAUAGUCGAUGGUCAGACCUAGACGAGCAGCGCUUACUGGUAUACAAGAAAGAGGGCAAGUCUUGGGAGUGGAUCUUUGGCAAGUUCCCAAGCAGGACUUGGCCCGCAAUACGUACGCGCUGGAACAUGGUCCGACCCAGAGGCGACUAG